AUGUCAACUUAUCAUUCCAUAAAGACUUAUCCAAUCCACAUUGAAAAAUCUUUAUACAAUUCAAAUAAAUCAUAUCGUCUCAUUCAUUUAUCAAAUGGUAUAUUAGCUCUUCUCAUAUCAAAUCCUUCAACAGAUGCUGCUGCUUGUUCUAUGUGUAUAGCAACUGGAUCUCAUAAUGAUCCUAUUGAAUUACCUGGUUUAGCUCAUUUUUGUGAACAUAUGUUAUUCCUUGGAUCCAAACAAUUCCCCAAUCCAAAUGAAUUCAUGGGUCUUAUAGGUUCAAAUGGUGGGAAUACCAAUGCAUUCACUACUGGUGAACAAACUUGUUUUUAUUAUGAAUUACCCAUCAAUCAAACUGAACAUAAUCAUGAAUUAAUCUUUGAUUAUUCAUUACGGAAUUUUUCAGCAUUCUUUAAAAAUCCCAUAUUCAAUUAUAAUUUAUUAAAUCAAGAAGUUAACGCUAUCAAUAAUGAACAUGAUUCAAAUAAAUCAAAUAUUAAUAAAAUCUUUUAUCAUGGGAAUUUAUUCACUUUAAAUGAAUCACCAAAGAUUAAUAAACUUAAUAUAAGGAAUUAUUUGAUCAAUUACUUCCAGAAUUAUUUCCAACCCAAUAAAAUGUCAUUAGUCAUUGAAGGUCCUCAAUCGUUAAAUCAUUUACAGAAAUUAGUAGUUCAAAAUUUUAAUAAUAUAGGACAAUCAUCGUCAUCGUCAAGUUCAACUCCAACUUCAUCAUCAACUUCUUUAUUAUUGAAUAAACGUAAAAAAAGUUUAUCCAUGGAUCACUCUUCAACUUCUUCAUUCUCAAGAAAUUCCAUAUCAUCAUUAAAUUCGUUAGCAAGUAGUAAUGACAAUACCGGGUUAAAUAUCCUUCAUGAUUCAUUUGCUGAUUCAUACAUCAAUUUCCAUCCUUAUGAAUCACCUCAAUAUAUAAAUAACCUCCUUUAUAUAAGUUCCGAUAAUUUCAAUCCAACCAUCAGAUUAAUCUUCCCUAUUAAAGAUCCUAAAAUGAUUAAACAUCUUGAUUUCUUAGAAACUAUUUGGUGUAAUUUAUUAGGGGAUGAGUCAAAGGAUUCCUUAUGUUUUUAUCUUAAAUCAGGUAAGAAUUAUAUAUCUUCCAUAAUGAUGUUCAUACAAGAUCUAACCAUCUAUGAUAAAGUAUUGAUUCUUGAAUUGGAAUUAACUAAAAAUGGUGAAAAGCAUAUUUCAAAUAUCCUUGGUAUAAUCUUCAAUUAUAUCGGUCAAAUCUUAUCAGCCUCUUCAUAUCGAUUGAUUCGGUAUUUUAAAGAAUUGAAAAUCGUAAAGGAUCAUUCGUUUUAUUAUCAGACUUCUUCUACAUCAAUCAUGGAUGAAGUAUCUCAUCUUUCUCAAGUUUUACAAUCGGAUUUGAAUGAAUUGGGAUUAGAUAAUAUCUUAAAAGGGUUUAAAGGGAUUGGAUCUGAUGAUGAUGAGAAUGAACUCUUUUGGAUUCAAUUACUUCAUGAUUUCAAAAUGGAAACGGAAAACUUAUUAUCGAUUAAUAAUUUCAAUAUCAUCUUAAUUUCAAAUCAAUUACAAUCGAUAUAUGAAUUCACUAAUCAGAAACAUCCAACCCUUGAGAAAGAUAAAUACUAUCAUUUCGAUUAUAAGAUUGUCCCAUUUGAUCCAUUACAAAUCCUUGAAUAUCAAAAUAAAAUCACAGAACUAACCAUUAAUGUCCCACCCACCACCAAUAAAUUCUUAUCAUUUACCGAAUUAGAAUUAUUCACUUUAUUACAUAAUUUAAAUUCUCCUCAUAAUCUUGAAUCAACAUAUAGUGAAAAUUCAAUGUUUCAAACCAAACGAAUCUCAAUCAAUGAUCCUCCUCGAUUACUUGAUUUCUCCAAACAAUUCGAAAUAUGGUUCAAACCAGAAUACGACCUCAUUUUUAAAUCCAACAUCAUCACAUCGUUACAAUUCCAAACUAUCGAAAUGGAAUCUUCUCCUAUGACAAACAUCGCCAUGGAAUUAUUAUGUUACUCAUGGGGGUUAUAUGCUAAUUUAACUGGCACACCUUCUAUCACUCUUAAUUUGAAUGGUCCCAAACGAGAUUUCGUUAAAGUUCUUCAGUUUAUCAUUACUGAAUUCUUAUCGUAUUUUAAUAACAGCGGAGAAAUCCCAUAUAAGGAUUUACUAAAAGUUAGAAUUAAAUUAAGAAAGGAGUAUCAGGAUUUAUUAGUGACGAAUGGGAUUAAACAAGCUUUAGCAGGGUCAACAAUGUUACUCGAUGAGAAUGUAUGGACUAUAGAUGAAAGAUUAGAUGCUCUUGAAAUAUUAGAUCAAAGUGAAUUAUCUCGCAUUUGUGAAUGUCUAAAUCGGAAUGUGAUGUAUACCAGAAUAUUCGUUAAUGGUGAUUGUAAUGAAGAUGAUGUUAAUCAAAUAAGUAAAAUCAUUAAUAAAUUAACUAAUCAUGAACGAAUUAUAUUGAAUAAUUCUCCACUACAACUUCAUGAACCUUCAAGUUAUUUAUUAACCGAAGGAACAGAUUACGUAUUUGAAGUUACUAAUACUAAUAAAGAAGAUCCUUUACAUAGUAUUUAUUAUUACAUUCAACUUGGUCCCAGAGAUGAUAUUGAAACCAGAACUUUAGGAACGUUAAUUGAUUAUAUGUUUUCGAUAAAUCUUGAAUAUGAAUUAAGAACGAAGAAACAAUUAGGAUAUUCGAUAUUCAGUGGGUUGAAAAUCUCAAGAUCAACAAUGGGGAUAUAUAUAUCAAUCUUAAGUGGAAGUUUUAAUCCUCAAGAGUUAAAAGAGGAGAUUGAAAAGUUCAUCUUCAAUUGGGAAUUAAUCUUACAGAAUUAUUCAACCCAAGAGUUUGAACUGAAAUUGAUUAAACCGUUCUUAGAUAGUCAGAAUGAAAAUUUAGAAGAUAGUGGUAUACCAUCAAAUUUAUUAUAUGCUAUGAUCCCAUCUAUGAAUAGUACAAAUUUCAUAAAUGAUUCUCAUAAUUAUCGAAAUCAUUGGAAUUGCUUUGAAAAGAUUUUGAGUAAAACUUUCCGAUUUCAAGCUUUGGGAGGUAAAGAAGAGAUUGAUCUAAAUUAUAUAAAAUCAUUAAGUUUAUCUAAGUUUGUUAGUUAUUUCAAUCAGUUAGUUUCAGUUAAGUCUCAUUCAAGAAGCUUAUUAAGUAUUUUAAUCAACUCAUCCAUGACAAAUGAACAAAUCGAACAUAAUCUUAUAGAAAAUCAAUUAUCAUCAUACCUUGAAAACAAUGGCAUUGAUUUGAGGAAAAGUGAAAUUUUGAAAAUUUUAGAUACGUGUAAUUACGAUUAUGUGACAGUUAUGAAUUAUUUAUUCAAACAUUAUGGUAUAAAGGAAGAUAAGUUUAAGUCAUAUGUAUCGGUUAUAAAACAAUUUGGUAAAUCAGCAAUAUAUAAUUCAAAAUUAAUGGCGGCUGCAAAAAAGAAUCAAACUCAAUCUGAUAUAAUGUACGAUAUGAAAUCGUUACAAAAAAGUUGCAUAAAGAGAUUUGGAGAUAAAUAUAGUUCAAACGAAAGUGUAUUAAUUCCAACUUAUUUAAGUGAUUCAGAUCAAUUGAAACAAGAUAGUGAUUUGGUAUUUGAAGAAAAUGAUGUUUCUCCAUAUCAUAAAUUAGAGAAUUUUUAUAAUGAUUCCCAUGAGGAAGAUGCAGAUUAUUUAAAUUUAUAUAGUUAG